AGUAGAAGAAGAAGACUAUCUGAAGAGUAACCUCGAAGAAGAAGAAGUAGACCGUCAUGUAAUCAUGACAUAGCCAAGGUUGUCCUGAAGAAAUUAUGAGCAUGAUCUGACAGAAAGAGAGUGUCAAUUUAUCUCGCUAGUGGGCUAACCAUCAUCCGCAUGAGGGAGGAGGUCACGCCAAACUCCGACUGAAAUAAUUACAGUUUUUUGAUCGCCCUUAGCAGCUCAGUUCGCGAUGAGCGUCCCGUGUUUCUUGUCCCCCGCUGUCCGAAGCUUCAGCCUGCCGUGUCCGGCCGCCGGUCUGCUCUGCUGCCGCCUGCGGGGCCCCAGCUCCGUUACAAGAAGACAUAUGUCCUCCAAAAGGCAAAUGGACCAUCUAGAGAGAACAGCGAGCAACUACAGACAAAAUGCUCUGUAUCCAGCUCAAGUAUGUGGGAUCGUGAAUGAGUCCGAGACGGUGAAACGUUUGAGACUAGCUGUCCAUCCAGAAUUCAGCUUCAAAGCAGGACAGUGGGUGGAUUUCUUUAUUCCUGGUGUGGAGAAGGUGGGAGGUUUUUCCAUGUGCUCCAGCCCGAGUUUGCUACAGAGGGAGAGCAUCAUUGAGCUGGCUGUCAAAUAUGCCAAACACCCGUCCGCACACUGGGUCCACACCAUGUGUACAGUGGGCUCCCAGGUUGCCAUGCGUGUCGGUGGGGACUUCUUCUUUGACCCGUCGCCCUCUGACCCCUCCGUGGAUCUGCUGCUGGUCGCCGGCGGGGUAGGAAUCAACCCCUUGUACUCCAUCCUGUUGCAUACCACAGAUCUGCUGCAUCUCAACCAUGCUUCUGAUGGGCGGGACUACAACAUAGGCUCUGUUCACCUCUGCUACAGUGCGAAGAACACCCAGGAACUACUCUUUAAGAGCCCCAUCGUUGAAGCGUGUCGGGAGUUUCCUGACAGGAUCUCCUGUGACUUCCACGUCACGCAACAGAGCACAGAUGUCGAGCCACACCUCCAGCCAUUUCUCAACCGUGGAAGAAUCACAGGAGAGGAGUUGCGGGCUUAUGUGGACCCUCAGAGGACUUUGUGUUUCUUGUGCGGACCCCCUCCCAUGAUCGAAGCAAUUUCAAAAACCCUCAUGGACCUUGGCCUCCCAAAAGACAGAAUCCUCUUUGAGAAGUGGUGGUAGAGCCCUCUACAGGGUUGUCCUCCUGGCUUGUGCUCCUUUUUGUAGUCUUCAGUGGGAGGAUGUAAGGUGUGUUUGUGGUGAGAAUGGAGAACAACCGAAAUAUUCCAGUGAUAUAGGCAUUAUGAGUGCUCAAAUGCUUGAGGAGCUCGACCCUCAGAUUCCUGCUGCUGUAACCUGUGCCUGAUUUUUGAUAGGCCACCAGGAACCACCCACUCUUUAACUUGCAGCUGACUUUAAAAGGCAUCAAAGAUGACUGAGCAGACUGUAAAAUCUCAGCGUUGGCAAGACACAUUUCAGCUCGCUGCCUUGUUGAAUACUGCACAAAUCUUUGUGUAUGAUGGUCACUGUGACAUACAUAUUACACUCUUCAGUUCUGAUCUCAUUCCCAGUCUACAUGUGACUGAGGCUCUGCUUUAAAAUUCAUCAUUAGGUGAUAUCAUUAGUUAGUUUAAAUCCAGGUAUUCACACUCUAAUUUAGCUAUGCAAGAAGGCCUGUCAAAGAAAGCAGUAAUUUGAUAUUUUUGGAGGUACACUUAUUUUUUGCCAAGAGGUAGAUGAGAAGAUCACAAUGUAAUCAGCUGCCAGCAUCCUAUUUAGUGAACAGAUUUGAGUGUGGGGUAGCUCAGGGGUUUGGUAGCAGCACCGUCUCCGAAUGACUGGUAUAGACUUUAUCAUGGCAAUAAAACAAAUAAUUGUAUUUUCCAAAAUGUCAAGCUAUUGCUCUAAAGCUCUUCGGCUAUAAAGCAUCAGUGCAAACAAUCACAAUCUGUACUGUUUACACUGUACAUAAGCAUUUGAGUUACUCAUUUUCUUCUAUCAAAAUACCUCUAAAAUGUGUUCUUAGGUGUUAAACUGUGUAUAUACUGUAUACUAAGUGAAAGAGCUAUUUAUUUGCAGAACUGAAGAUUUUAGAGUUGUUUGGCUGAUGAAGUGAAUUUACACAAUACACCUACUGUAUUUUUUAAAAGAUAACAUUUUAGACAUACUGGCCAGCAUGGCCUCUCACACGGUUACAUGCAUACACAGUGCCUAUCGCAUAUACAUACUUCUACUGAGACACACACGUCCACUUACCCAUAAAUG